AUGUCAUCACCAAAUGUUUUAUCAAAGGCCUUCAAAAGGAAUCUUCACAAAAAGGAUCUAUGUGUUACAAAAAAAACAAAAAUUGAAAGGUCCGAUAGCUCAAUCAUCAAUGAGAAGGUCAAUUCCAAUAUUAUAGUUAAUCAAGCCGAUAAAAGAGAGAAUAUUUUCUACAAUCCGCUAAAAAUAUCUGAAGACUUUUUUUCUAGCGAUCUUAAAUCAGCUAAAACUUCACAACCUUAUACUUUGAUAAAUCCAAAAUUUACUUUCGUUAAAAAGUUUUUAGAAAGAAGGCAACAAAGACUAUUUACCUCUUCUUUGCCACCUCAAAUAAUUCAACCAAUACCUAUCAACAACUCUGAAAUACCGAUAUAUUAUAUGACUCUGCUAGA